UUUUUUUUCUGGUGUGAUAUAAAGAAAUUGCAAUGAAAAUCAAUUUCGAUUGAAUCCAAUUCUUUAUUGUAAACAACAGCGAUUUUCCUCAAAUUUUUUUCAUUCAAGUGCCCAUCAUUAUUAUCAUCAUCUCCGCCACCACCACUAAUAAAUUAUUUGAAAAUUUAAAUUUCUUUUUUUUAAUUAUUCCGGUAAUUCUAAGAAGAAGAAAAAAUAAAUAAUCCAAAAAAAUGCCUGCUGCAAUAGUUGAAGAACCACCGGUUCCGGCAAAGCCGAAAACCGAACUUGAAGCAAUACAAAUGCAAGCAAAUCAAGCGACAGAUGAAUCACUUGAAUCAACAAGACGUAUGUUGGCACUUUGUGAAGAGAGCAAAGAAGCCGGUAUUCGUACAUUGGUUGCAUUGGAUGAACAAGGUGAACAAUUAGAUCAUAUUGAAGAAGAUAUGGAUAAAAUUAAUACCGAUAUGCGUGAAGCGGAAAAAAAUUUAACCGGUAUGGAAAAAUGUUGUGGUAUUUGUGUUUGUCCUUGUAAUAAAUCAAAAGAAUUUAAAGAAGAUGCAAGUACAUGGAAAGCAUCUGAAGAUGGUAAAAUUGUUAGUGGACAACCAACACGUGUUGUUGAUGAACGUAAUGGUGGUGGUCCAAUGACAACAUCAUAUAUAGCAAGAAUAACAAAAGAUGCACGUGAAGAUGAAAUGGAAGAAAAUAUGGGACAAGUAUCAACAAUGAUUGGUAAUUUAAGAAAUAUGGCUAUCGAUAUGGGUAGUGAAAUUACAUCACAAAAUUCACAAUUAGAUCGUAUUAAUCAAAAAGCUGAAUCGAAUAAGAAUCGUAUACAAGGAGCAAAUGAACGUGCACAAAAAUUACUUAAAUAAUAAACAAAAACAAAAACAAAAACAAAAAUUUUAUCCAUUUUAUCUACCUACCUACCUACCUAUCUACUCACACAAAUACAAUAAAAUUUUGCAAUGCAUCAAUCAAUUCAAGCGAUUCAAU